UUACAGCCUCAUCUCUUUAAAGCCAAGAUGUCCUGCUACGACCUGUGCCCCCCAAAGACCAGCGUGGCUGUGCCCCAGCCCAUUGCUGAGAGCUGCAACGAGCUGUGCGCCCGCCAGUGCCCCGACUCCUCUGCCUUCAUCCAGCCACCGCCCGUGGUGGUCACCUUCCCCGGCCCCAUCCUCAGCUCCUUCCCCCAGCAGGCCGUGGUGGGCUCCUCCGGAGCACCGGCCUUUGGCGGCUCCCUGGGGCUGGGCGGCCUCUACGGCGCCGGCGCCACCCAGGCCUCGGGGGGCCUCUGCACCUUUGGCAGAGCCUACGCUGCUCCCGCCUGCAGCCCUUGCGCCCUGCCCCGCUACAGCAAGAAGCUCUGGGACACCUGCGGGCCCUGCUAGAGCCACCAGCAACAGCCCCAAAGCUCCUGUGGCCACCUCAGCCCAGCAUGGAGAAGCUGAGCUCUGCACAAGCUGCCCUGGCCUCCUGCAGCCUGUGACACCGGCCUGCCUGGGGCCUGCCCACCCUCCCUCUCCCUGCCUCUCCUGCCCUUCUUGGUUCAAUAAAGUUUUCCUGCAUCCAA